AUGAAAAGACUUACCACUAGAGACGACACCAUUCAUGAUCUCACGCAUGAGUUGAAUGACCGGACAAAUCGAUACUACGCCAUCUGCGACGGGAAGGCAGCGCUCUUGAAAGACUUGUGGGAUGCGGAGAGCGACAUACGUCGUGUCAACUUCAAACGAACCGCAGAUAAUGUUGCCGAGCGUGCAAGGCUUAGUCGGAUAGAUAACGCCUUUCAGUUUGAGCCCUGGACUGCAUUCGUGCAAUAUCCACAAGUGACACUAGCCAUGGUCGCCCAGCGAUACAAAGAAAUUGUAUACCGAGAAAGCACCCUCACCGAAUCUGAGCAUGAUAGCAGCCGCCAUCUUGUGUGGGUCUGCUAUCUUCUGGAUCAUAUGCGCUAUGAUCUCUCAUAUUUGCGGUUGGUGAGGGAUGAACAUUCACGCUCGCAUUUCGUCUUCAGCGCAGUCGACGGAGAGUCGGAAGCCCCACAGGACAGCUCGAUAAGCUCGAUUUAG